AUGAUCCAACCUAAUGAGGCCUUGCUCAUCUGUGUAUUCUUCCUGUGUUUCCUUCAAGGCAUAUUCACCAUCCUCUUGGCGAUCGCAAUAUGGCUUGUAUUCUUCCGCGCGUCGCCCAAGGCAAGACGCAACUGGAUCGGCCUCUCCAUCGUCAUUUUCCAGUACAUCCUCUCCACCGCGCAUUUCUUCAUGGCCUUCUAUCAAGACAUCAAGCUCCUCGGCGGCGGCGAUCCCGGCCCCUUCGCAGAUAUCCAGUAUCACGGGAAAAUGGCGUUUACGCAGGUAGCGACUGAGUUCUUCAGCUCCAUUCUCGCCGACAUUCUUCUUACAUGGCGCACUUAUGUCAUAUACGGUCGCAACCCCCGCGUCCUUAUUCUUCCCUCGAUCCUCAUUUUUGCGACCUUCAUAUCUACAUAUGGCUACGUUGGCGCGUCCAUAGAAGGCCUCGGGCAUCUCCCCACCCCCGAUUUCCAAGGCAUAUUCGACCAGUCCAGAAUGGCGCCCAUCUCAACGUGGAAUAUCGUCUGCAUGGUGCUCUCCGUUACUACCAACGUCGUGUUGACGGUGAUGACGGCGACGAAGUUAAUGCUCCAUCACCGAACAAUGAAGAAUGUCCACGGCUUCUCGUCCCUCCUCUUUGAAUCGGCUGUCAUCAUCGAAUCUGGGUUGUUAUACACUCUGGCAUGGAUCGCCUACUUAGUAUUGUUCCUUCUCAAAUCAAACGGCGACAUUGUAGCAAUGGAUAUCAUCGCCCAACUAGCCGGCAUCGUCCCAACGCUGAUCAUCGUCACGAUCUCCGCUGGCCUCAGCCCCGUCCGCACGGUGACCUAUCUCCGCCCGCCCCGCUUCGCCUCUACGAACCCGCACGCCUCGCACCGCGCGACGCACGACAUCGACAUCGAGACGGAGAUCAACUUCUCCAACGCCCAAACACGCACGAACCUAUCAGACAUGAACUUCGCUGUCAACCUCCAUGAUCGCGCGGAGGCCUCGCCAACGUCCGACGCAAAAUCCGGUAUCGAGGUCGAGGUCGAGGUAGACGUCAAAAGAGACAUGUACGCCGUGUAG